AUGCGCGACACGCUCGAGUUCGAGAAGAAGGGCAAAAGUGUCACGCCAACCACACUGCGCCAGUCGCUCAAGUACGCCGACGUGGCGGAUGCGGCCGGUGCGAAUCCCAACCCGAUCAAGCGCGCCGGUGACGCGAUACUCGAGAGCGGGAUCGAGCAGCUGCUCGCCAGUCUUCAGCCCGACCACAUCAAGCAGGUCUGCGCGGUGACGCACACAUUCGGCGGCGACUUGGCGCAACUGCGCGAGGCCAUCGUGGCCCAGUACUUGGCCUCCGGAGGCGGCAGCCUCGCGCGCUUCAUCGAGGAGUGCCCGGCCCCGCUGCAGAGCGCGUUUCAGCGGGUCCUGCGGCUCAAGAAGAACGCGCGUGACCCAGUCGCGCACCAGAUCACCACCGGCAUCGUGCUGCUCGGCACGCACCACUACUUCAGACAAUUGCCCAAUCUUCUCAAGAAGGAGUGGUGCCGCGACCUCGGGCUCAAGGUGAGCGGCACCGCAGCGGAGCUGGAGGAACGCCUCAUGUGGGCGACCCACACGGAGAGCUACCCCGAUCCAGCAGUAGAGCCCCCUGGCUCGGGAUCGGAUGGCGACCAACCAUUGACGUGGGCGGACAAGAUCGAGUCGGCACUCCAACAGCACGGGGGGGAAGCCACCCUGACCGAGAUCUACUGCGCCAUCGAGGCAGAAUUCCCCCAGGACAUCGUCGACAAGCCCAACUGGCAACCGGCCAUCCGUUCGUGUCUCUCCACCAACACCAGCAAGGGCAGGUUUGCUGUGGAGGAAACUGCCGAUGGCCGGAAGUGGAGCCUCAGCCAAGGCUAG